AUGUCUGAUACUGAAUUGGAAAAGAGUAAUGCUCCUUCAAUUGAUGAUUUGACAUUGAGAAAGGAGAAGAACAGUACACAUGGUGCGGAGGUAGUAAAUGAGGAAGUAAAUAACAAUAGACAGGAGGAAGAUGGUCUAGAGUAUCCAAAAGCCUUUGCGAUGGUGAUGAUAGUGGUUGCUUUAUCACUCAGUAUCUUUCUAGUUUCUUUAGAUAUGACGAUUGUGGCUACAGCAAUUCCCAAAAUCACUGAUCAAUUCCAUGGAUUAGAUCUGGUCGGCUGGUAUGGCUCGGCAUUCUUUCUCACCGUGGGAUCUUUCCAAUCAACAUGGGGAAAAGCCUACAAAUAUUUCCCACUAAAGAUAACCUUCCUCAUGUCCAUCUUCAUAUUCGAGCUAGGAAGCUUAAUCUGCGGCGUUGCCCCAAAUAGCACCGCUCUAAUAGUAGGCCGAGCCAUUUCUGGACUUGGAGGUGCAGGAAUUGCUUCUGGAGCAUAUACGAUUAUAGCAUUCGCAGCUCGGCCCCAACAUCGCGCAGCAUAUACAGGGAUUUUGGGGGCAUCUUAUGGAGUAGCAUCUGUAGUUGGACCCCUUCUUGGAGGUGUAUUCGCAGAUAAAUUAACAUGGCGUUGGUGUUUCUAUAUCAAUUUGCCUAUUGGUGGUGUUGCAGCGGCUAUUAUUCUGUUUUUAUUUACCACCCCUCCAAAUGCAGUACCGACGCCGGCUACCCUCAAAGAAAAGAUUUUACAAAUGGACCUCCCCGGAACCUUCACAAUCAUGGCCAGUCUCGUCUGUUUCUUCCUAGCUCUCCAAUGGGGUGGCCAAACUAAAGCUUGGAAAUCUGCCGAUGUGAUUGGUACUCUCGUCGGCUUCGUCCUUCUCAUCGCUCUCUUCAUCGUAAUUCAAUACUUUCAGGGUGAACGUGGAAUAAUCGUCGCCCGUUUAUUGAAAGAGCGUACUGUUUCUGUAGGAAUGGUAUACGUAUUUUUUCUUGGUGGUGGAUGGUUUAUUCUGCUUUACUAUCUCCCCUAUUACUUUCAAGUCGUUUCUGGAGUUUCGGCUUCUCAAUCUGGAGUGAGAAAUUUACCAAUGAUUAUUGGUACUACUAUUGCUACCAUUCUUUCAGGGGCAUUGAUCUCUGCAUUUGGUCACUUCGUUCCCUUCAUGAUUCUCAGUGCAGUUGGAGCAACAAUAGGAUGCGGACUUCUGUAUACCCUUAGCGCGGCCUCUACUUCCGCUCAAUGGAUAGGCUAUCAAGCACUCACUGGUCUUUCUACAGGUCUCGCUUUCCAAAUCCCGGUCAUCUCCUCUCAAGCCACCGUUUCCCCAGCCGACCUAUCAUCCGUUACAGCAAUGGUACUUUUCCUCCAGACCAUCGGCGGCGCAUUUUUCAUCUCGAUAGCCGAAGCAGCAUUUGCAAAUCGUAUUCUACAUGUUCUUCCUCAAUACGCACCUUCUGUUUCUCCAGCUCGGGUAUUAUCAGUAGGAGUUAGCGAACUAAGAAAUGUAUUUGGUAAAGAGGGAGACGCGAUUCAGGGAAUUAUAGAAAGUUAUCUACAGGGGUUGAAAGUUACGUAUGCUAUGGCGAUAACUUGUACGGGAAUUGCUUUUUUUGUGGCUUUGGGGAGUCGUUGGCCUUGGAAGAAUUUGAGGGGGAAGACAUCAAUUGGUGGUGCUGUCUAG